GCCGCGAUGGCCUCGACGCCCGCCGCCGCCGCCAGCAGCAGCAGCCGCAGCGCCGCUCGGAAGCAGGGCCUUGUCCUAGGAGUCUUUGCUAAUGAGAAAGAAGGAACUCCUCAGUUUACUAAUGCAGGAGAUGCUUUUGACAAACUUGUAUCUGGGAAGCUCAGAGAGUUGCUGGCAAUCUCAGGGCCUCCCUUGAAGAAAGGAAAGGCGCGCAUCUUUCAUGGCUUGCAUCAGGACUUUUCAAACAUAGUUGUUGUUGGCUUGGGUAAGAAGGCUGCAGGGGUGAAUUUACAAGAAAACUGGGAUGAAGACAAGGAAAACAUAAGGGCCGCGGUUGCAGUUGGUUGCCAGCAGGUUCAGGACCUGGAGGUCCCUUGUGUGGAAAUUGACCCUUGUGGAGACGCUCAGGCUGCGGCGGAAGGAGCCGUCCUUGGACUCUUUGAAUAUAAUGAAUUUAAGCAAAAAAAGAAACCAGCAGUUGAAGUUAAGCUACAUGGGAGCGAUGGAAUUGAGGCCUGGAAGAAAGGCCUCAUCUAUGCAAAGGGCCAGAACCUGGCCCGCUACCUAAUGGAGGGUCCGGCCAACCAUAUCACGCCUACCAUGUUUGCUGCUGUUAUUCAAGAGAAACUCAAAAGUGCCAGUAGCAACGUGUCUGUUUAUAUAAGGGAUGAAUCCUGGAUAAAAGCACAAGAGAUGGGAUCCUUCCUGAGCGUUGCAAAAGGCUCAGUUGAGCCAGCAGUAUUUUUGGAGGUUCAUUAUCGUGGUAGCAGUGAUGCCAGUGAACCUCCGCUGGUAUUUGUCGGAAAAGGAAUUACUUUUGAUAGUGGCGGCAUUUCCAUUAAGCCAUCUGCCAAUAUGGAUGCCAUGAGGGCUGAUAUGGGAGGAGCGGCCACCAUCUGCUCAGCCAUCGUGACAGCUGCAGAAUUAAAACUCCCCAUUAAUAUCAUCGGUUUGACACCCCUUUGUGAAAACAUGCCCAGUGGGAGGGCAAACAAGCCUGGAGAUGUUGUGAAGGCCAUGAAUGGGAAGACCAUUCAGGUUGACAACACAGAUGCAGAGGGAAGAUUGGUGUUGGCUGAUGCGCUUUGCUAUGCACACAAUUUUAAUCCAAGGGCCAUCAUAGAUGCUGCAACACUAACAGGUGCCAUGGAUAUAGCACUGGGAUCUUCAGCUACUGGGGUUUUUACCAAUUCGCACCAGCUGUGGAACCAGCUGUACGAGGCCAGUAUUCUGACGGGGGACCGUGUUUGGAGAAUGCCUCUCUUUGAACAUUACACGAAACAGGUUACAGACUGUCAGCUUGCAGACUUGAACAAUAUUGGAAAAUAUAGAUCUGGUGGAGCAUGUACAGCUGCUGCAUUCCUGAAAGAAUUUGUGACCGUCCCUCAUUGGGCUCAUUUAGAUAUUGCUGGCGUGAUGGGAAAUAAAGACGAGGUUCCAUACCUUCGUAAAGGCAUGGCAGGACGGCCCACACGGACGCUAGUGGAGUUUGCUACUCGUCUGAGCCAAGACAAGAAAAGCAUCUAGAAAGUAGUUAGUUCUGCGAUUGUGUAACCUCUAGCCUUAAAAUCAGUUUGUGAUAAUUUAAAAAUUGCUGAAGUACUGAACUGAUGUCUAGUGAACAUACUAAUAAAAUUCUAAAUGGAAAAGAAUAUCCACAACACGGAUAUCUCUGCAUAUUUUUUAAAAAAUACUAUAAUGACGGCCUAGAAAUUCAGUUUGUAAAAGUUCUUACAGAGCAAGGACCUUUUACUCUCUCCUUUUAUAUUCUACUGAUAAAAAAUACUUCCCAGAACUUGGUUUAUACAUUUAAUACUGAAGGAUCAAUCACUUUAUAAUUCAGAUUGAAUAUACAAAAUUGUCACAAACAAUAAAUAUUAACUUGAAAACUU